GCCGGCCACAAGUCCGCCGCACAAACGUCUUGGGAUUCCCGCGAGUGAAACAACCGAGCCCGCCAACUGCCGCUGCACGGUCCCCGGCGGCGAUGGCACUUAAGGACUACGCGAUCGAGAAAGAAAAGGUGAAGAAGUUCCUACAAGAGUUUUACCAGGAUGAUGAACUUGGGAAGAAGCAAUUCAAGUAUGGGAACCAGUUGGUUCAGCUGGCACAUCGAGAUCAAGUGGCAAUGUAUGUGGACCUGGAUGAUGUAGCUGAGGAAGACCCAGAGUUGGUGGAUUCAAUUUGUGAGAAUGCCAAGCGCUAUUCCAGGCUCUUUGCCGAUGUUGUACAAGAACUGCUACCUCAGUACAAGGAGAGGGAGGUGGUAAACAAAGAUGUCUUAGAUGUUUAUAUCGAGCAUCGGCUCAUGAUGGAACAACGGACUAGGGACCCUGGAGCCACUCGAAGCCCCCAGAACCAGUAUCCUCCUGAGCUCAUGCGCAGAUUUGAGCUAUACUUUCAAGGCCCAAGUAGCAACAAGCCUCGUGUGAUCCGUGAAGUUCGGGCUGACUCUGUAGGGAAGUUGGUGACUGUGCGUGGAAUUGUCACUCGUGUCUCUGAAGUCAAACCUAGGAUGGUGGUGGCCACCUACACGUGUGACCAGUGUGGGGCAGAGACUUACCAGCCGAUCCAGUCUCCCACUUUCAUGCCUCUGAUCAUGUGCCCGAGCCAGGAGUGCCAAACCAACCGCUCAGGAGGGCGGCUCUAUCUGCAGACACGAGGCUCCAAAUUCAUCAAGUUUCAGGAGAUGAAGAUGCAGGAACAUAGUGACCAGGUGCCCGUGGGCAACAUCCCUCGGAGCAUCACGGUGCUGGUGGAAGGGGAGAACACAAGGAUUGCCCAGCCUGGAGACCAUGUCAGUGUCACCGGGAUCUUCUUGCCAAUUCUGCGCACUGGAUUCCGACAGGUAGUACAGGGUUUGCUCUCAGAAACUUAUCUGGAAGCCCACCGGAUCGUGAAGAUGAAUAAGAGUGAGGAUGAAGAGGCAGGGACGGGAGAGCUGAGCAGAGAGGAGCUGAGGCAGAUUGCAGAGGAGGACUUUUAUGAGAAGCUGGCUGCUUCUAUUGCCCCCGAAAUUUAUGGGCAUGAAGACGUGAAAAAGGCGCUGUUGCUGUUGCUGGUGGGCGGCGUGGACCAGUCUCCUCGAGGCAUGAAAAUCCGAGGCAACAUCAACAUCUGCUUGAUGGGAGAUCCUGGGGUAGCCAAAUCUCAACUCCUGUCUUACAUUGAUCGUCUGGCCCCCCGAAGCCAAUACACAACAGGCCGGGGCUCCUCUGGAGUGGGGCUCACUGCAGCUGUGCUCAGAGACACUGUGACCGGAGAGCUGACUUUGGAGGGCGGAGCCCUUGUACUGGCCGAUCAAGGCAUUUGCUGCAUUGAUGAGUUUGACAAGAUGGCAGAGGCAGACCGCACAGCUAUCCAUGAGGUCAUGGAACAGCAGACCAUCUCCAUUGCCAAGGCGGGCAUUCUCACCACCCUCAAUGCUCGCUGCUCCAUCCUGGCUGCUGCUAAUCCUGCUUAUGGGCGCUACAACCCUCGCCGCAGUCUGGAGCAGAACAUACAGCUUCCUGCAGCACUGCUCUCCCGAUUUGACCUCCUCUGGCUGAUCCAGGACCGGCCUGACCGGGACAAUGACCUCCGAUUGGCUCAGCACAUCACCUACGUGCACCAGCACAGCCGGCAGCCCCCUGCCCAGUUUGAACCUUUGGAUAUGAAGCUGAUGAGGCGUUACAUAGCCAUGUGCCGGGAGCGGCAGCCCGCGGUGCCUGAGGCUCUUGCCGACUAUAUCACAGCAGCCUAUGUGGAGAUGAGGCGCGAGGCCUGGGCCAGCAAGGACGCCACCUACACUUCAGCCCGGACCCUGCUGGCCAUUCUCCGUUUGUCCACUGCUCUGGCCCGCCUGCGCAUGGUGGACAUCGUGGAGAAGGAAGAUGUGAAUGAAGCCAUUAGGCUGAUGGAGAUGUCCAAAGACUCCCUUCUUGGUGACAAGGGGCAAACAGCUAGGACCCAGAGGCCUGCAGAUGUGAUCUUUGCCACUGUCCGUGAGUUGGUUUCGGGGGGCCGAAGCGUGCGGUUUUCUGAGGCGGAGCAGCGCUGCGUGUCACGGGGCUUCACACCUGCUCAGUUCCAGGCAGCUCUGGACGAGUAUGAGGAGCUAAACGUCUGGCAGGUCAACAACUCGCGUACCUGGAUCACCUUCGUCUGACUGCAGCUUGCUUGAGACACUGGGGUUCACCUUGACAGUGCUGCCCUGCCCUGCCCUGCCCUGCCCUGCCCUGCUCAGAGUGCUAGGGGUUGCUUUCAAGGCUCUUUUCCCCAUGUUGCACUUGAUUUAUAUUUUUUGCUAAUAAAAGUAUGCUGUUA